AUGGCUAUCAGACCCCCGAACAAAAGCAAGAGAUACCGCAAGCUCCACUACCCACGAAACAUGGACGGUCGAAACGUUGGUCGUGAGGAAUGCAUUGAUGAAGAAGAUUUGCGAGUCGCGUGGGAGAUUGCACAUCUACCCGGAGUUGGAGCAUAUUCCCUCGAUAGCUGGAGGAUCUUUUGUCGCGAUGAGCUACGGGGGACAGCCUCUGACUGGAAAGGGACGGGUGCGACAGAGGUCGGAUUCGUGCCUGAAUGGAAGUGCGUUCUACCACAUGACAAAGAGCUACGUGCCUAUCUUACAUGGAUGUGGCUGAAGGAAGGAUGGAUUUGGGAUUACAACACAGGUGAUUUGACCCUUGCGAGUGAUAAGAUGAUGAGAGCGGCUCAGAGUGGAGGGGUGGCUCAUGAAGAAGAGGGGAGUUGGGUACUAGAGACCUCCCCUGUCAAGGCUGUGAAUGGAUUACAUGAAUCAGAUUGA